CGCAUAAAAAAAAUAAAUACAAGGACUCAAUGUUGAAUUCUACAUGGCCAUUGUUGUUCUCUUCAGCUUUCCAGACAGCGCUACACAGAGCAGGAACACUGACACAGCUUAUUUUUAAAAGCUCACACAUUCAAACAACACUGUCCCUCCCAUUGGCCUUUCAUCAUAUUUCCUGUGUGAUCAAACCAGAGGCUUUUAAAACAUGGACUCCGGUAUACAAGUGUUUUAGUGUGUGAUGACCCGUCACUCACGGUGCUGUGAAAAUGAGAUCUCACUUGCUAAUGUGCAUCGUGGGAAUUUGUUUUUCAACAACCGCACUUUCCCUAAAAAUUUGUGCCUUUAAUGUUCAAAGCUUUGGAGAAGCAAAAGCCAAUAACAAAAGAGUAAUGGGGAUUUUGACAAAGAUCAUUUCCCGCUGUGACCUCAGUUUAAUUCAGGAGGUUCGAGACUCCAAAGGUAAAGCCGUUCCUGCAAUGCUGAAGAACCUAAACAGGUUUGACAAAACUAAUGUGUACUCUCACUUAGAGAGUAAAAGACUGGGUAAGAACUCAUACAAGGAGCAGUAUAUUUAUAUUUAUAGAAAAGAUGUACUGAUGGUGCAAGAGCAAGUCUAUUAUCAUGAACUGAAACAGACAGAGUUCAAUGACACUGAAACAUUUUCCAGAGAACCAUUCAUCAUAAAGAUUCACUCACCCACAACCGUUGUAAAAAACUUUAUUAUCAUUGGUCAUCACUCAUGUCCUAGGAAAGCCAUGCAUGAGUUGGAAGAACUUUUUGAAGUCUUUCAAGCUGUCAGAAAGAAGUGGAAAACUGAGAAUGUGAUGCUCCUGGGAGAUCUGAAUGCUGAUUGUGGCUAUGUCACUAAUAAAGGCCGGAAGAAGCUCAGACUAAGGAAUGAUCCAAAAUUCCUCUGGUUGAUUACAGAUGAACAGGACACCACUGUUCGUGACAAAACACACUGCGCUUAUGACAGGUCUACAGCAAAUAGCACAAACAUUCUGCUUACAUAUAUUAUGACUUUAACAGACUUGGAGAAACUGUUAAAAAAGGAUAAUUGUACAUGGAAAAUCACUGAUUUCUGGGAUUGUACCAGACUCAGCUCAACCUUUUAACUUUAAAAUGGAUUUCAGUUUAACUGAAGAUGAGGCUUUGGAAGUCAGUGACCACUAUCCAGUAGAGGUUGACCUGAAGUCAAUUCAUCACUACCACCUCCGGAAUGAGCUCUGAACUAAAACCUGCACUUUUACGACCUUUUAACUGGACAAUCUCUUUGAAUCAUUGAGUAGCUGUUUGCCUCUGAAGAAUUUAAAUAAAAUAUUUUAACCAUU